AUGGGAAUUCUCGCCAAUUGGAAAAAAGUUGUUACAGUUGAUAAGAUAUUUGAAGUACUUAAGUCUGUACACGAGGGAACUAGGGAUCAUACAGGAUACCAUAAAUUGUACAAGGACGUUGAACAAACGUUUUAUGGGAUUCCCAGAAAAGCUUGCAUGGAAUUCAUCAAAGAAUGUGUUCAGUGUGCAUGUAAAAAGCCACAAAGAAAAGUUGCUCCAUUGACGCCUAUCACAUCCAAAUAUUUUAUGCACAUGGGGCAGUUAGACUUAGUUGACAAACGUGCUGACCCAGACGGGCAAUACUGUUGGAUCGGUCACUACAUUGACCAUUAUACAAAAUUUAAUUUCUUCUGGCCUCAGAUGAAUAAGUCUGCAGAUGAAGUAGCACACAAUUUAUCAGUGCAUGUGUUUUCUGUUGUUGGUCUUCCGUCUAUCAUUCAGCAUGACAACGGAAGAGAGUUUUGCAACGCAGCAAUAAGAGAAACUUUAAAACUUUGGCCCGGCGACGGAUAUGUUAAGAUAAUAACAGGAAGACCUAGGCAUCCAAGAAAAUUUUCCCAGAUUAUUAUGUAG